AUGUCUGAAAAUUCAUCACCAAAAUUAGAAUCAACAUCAGCAGCAGCAGCAAGUACAAAAAAACCAUUCCCAGAAUGGAUUAAACCUAAAGGCAAAGAAACUGAAUUAUUAAUUAAUAAUAGUUUAACAGGUGGUAAAGUACCAUUCGUUUUCAAUGAAAGUGGUAAAGGUAGAUCAUUAACAUGGUAUGCUUGUGGUCCAACAGUUUAUGAUGCAUCACAUAUGGGUCAUGCUAGAACUUAUAUUAGUUUUGAUAUCAUUAGACGUAUUAUGAAAAAUUAUCUUGGUUUCAAUAUCCAAUAUGUUAUGAACAUUACCGAUAUUGAUGAUAAAAUCAUUAUUCGUGCAAAUGAAAAUGGUAUUUCACAUAGUGAUCUUUCAAAAAAAUGGGAGACUGCUUUCUUUGAAGAUAUGAAAUUAUUAAAUGUAUUACCACCAGAUGCAUUAACAAGAGUUACAGAAUAUGUACCACAAAUUGUUGAAUAUGUUGAAAAGAUUAUUUCAAAUGGAUUUGCAUAUGAAUCAAAUGGAUCAGUUUAUUUUGAUACAGUAGCAUUUUCAAAAGCACAUGAUUAUGGUAAAUUAGAACCAAAUUCAGUUGGUAAUGAGAAAUUAGCAGCAGAGGGUGAAGGAUCAUUAACAGCAACAUCAGCAGUUUCAGAGAAACGUAGUGGUUUUGAUUUUGCAUUAUGGAAGAAAUCUAAACCAGGUGAACCAGUUUGGAAUAGUCCUUGGGGUGAGGGUCGUCCAGGAUGGCAUAUUGAAUGUUCAGCAAUGGCAUCCGACCUUCUUGGUGGCAAUAUCGAUAUUCAUUCGGGUGGUUCAGAUUUGAAAUUCCCACAUCACGAUAACGAAUUGGCACAAUCUGAAGCAUUCUAUGGCAAUCGUCAAUGGAUUAACUAUUUCGUACACAGUGGUCAUUUAUUGAUCGAUGGUUUGAAAAUGUCAAAAUCCUUAAAGAAUUUCAUCACAAUUAAACAAGCCUUGGAAAAGUAUACUUCACGUCAAAUGAGAAUGUUUUUCAUUCUUCAUAAAUAUGAUAAAGCCAUGAACUAUUCACCAGAGUCCAUGGGUUACGCCAUUGAAAUGGAGAAAACUUUUGUAGAGUUCUUCCAUACCGCCAAACAAAUCCUUAGAGAUUCUCCAUUAUCUUUACCACAAUUUUGGACUCAAGCUGAAAAGGAUUUAAAUAAACAUCUUCAAAAUGCAAAUGACCAAGUUCAUCAAUUCAUUCUUGAUAACUUUAACACCUCUGACGCUUUGAAAACUUUAUCAGAUCUCGUCAAUAAAACAAAUGUUUACAUUAGAUCAUGUGCUGAACAAAAGACAAAUCCAAGAUUAAAUUUAAUUAGUGCAAUCGCAGAGUAUAUCACUUACAUUUUCUCUGUUUUCGGUUUAACCGAAUCUUCAACCGCCUCUUCAAUGAUUGGUUUCGGUUCCGCUGGUAAAGGUAAUAUCGAAGAGGAGAUGACUCCAAUCUUAAAUGCUCUCACUCAAUUCCGUUCAGAGGUACGUGCUUCUGCAAUCGCAAAAGAUACUACCUCAAUCCUUAAAACUUGUGAUAACCUUCGUGAUGAGGUUUUACCAUUAUUGGGCGUAAAGAUUGAUGAUAAAUCCGCAACAACUGCAAUGUGGAAAUUUGAAGAUAAAGAAACCCUCAAAAAAGAAAUUGAACAAAAGAAAGAAAUUGAAAAGAAGAAACAAGCUGACAAGGAAGAAAAAGAAAAAAAAUUAAAAGAGAAAUUUGAAAAAUCAAAAAUUCCACCACAACAACUCUUUAUCAAUGAAACUGAUAAAUACUCAAAAUUCAAUGAAUUGGGUAUGCCAACUCAUGAUAAGGAAGGUGUUGAAAUUACAAAAUCACAAUUAAAAAAAUUACAAAAAGAAUAUGAUAAUCAAACUAAAGAACAUAAUAAUUAUUUGAAAUCAUUAUCAACUUCAACAUCAUCACCAACUUUAACUUCAACUCAAUCACCACAAUAA